AUGGCUAUACUCAAGGAUCAGCCGGCGCUGGCUUCUGAAGCGGUGGAGGCUUCAGCUGAUGCUGCACCGAUGCGACUUGCGAGUCGGUCCCUAUUACAGCUGCAAGCGGCUAUUGGUGCGGACAAUUGGAGGAAAAGGCGGCCUGGAAUCCUGUAUGCCGGCAAACUCUACAUGGCGCAUGUAUCUAUCAUGGAUGUGGCACGCAAAGCCGGGGUUUCAUUGCAGGCAGCGAGCUUGCUUCUUCUUCGGGCGCAAGAGGCACAGCACUGCGAGGAUGAAGACCUGAAUUGGACGCAGGAGGUUCUCAACAAGCUGGAGUGGCUGCAUGGCGACGAGGACCACGACGGCGAGAUGGCAUGA